AUGGUCGUUCAAUGUCCAGGUGGUGGAGGAAGAGGAGGAAGUGGUGGCAGUAGUAGCAGUCGUGGAAGUAGCAGACGUUCUGGUAAAGGUUCAACACUAUGUUUUUCUGAUGGAUGUGAACCUAUUGCAGUACUUUUUUCCAUAUUUAUUGUAAUCGUGAUGGUGGGCAUAAUACUAUGUAUAAUUCUGACUUACUGCGAUCAAUGCAUGAGUGGCAAACCAUCACAAGUGAAUGAAGAUUUUAUUCGUCAAGAUUUUGUAACACAUGACAAAGAUGAAAGGUAUCCUUUUGAGACAGGUGUUUGGUCUUUUCGAUAUUAUCAAUAUAACAAAUGGCAUGGACCUUAUCAAGUACCACUCACGUUCGAUCGUUUCUUAGGCAAAACUACUGGUCAAGGAACAGAUGAUGUCGGUAGUUUUAUUUUCGAUGGUAUCUUUUCUUCGGAAACUCUCCGACUGGCUCUAACGCAGAAAUACGAAGCAGGAACAGGUGACCCACAACAAAAUCUCGGCCAUACAUCGACUAUACAAUUGAUUUGGAAUGCAAAUAAUAAUCAAUUUGAGGGUACAUGGUAUGUUCGAACACAUCAGUAUAGUGGAGAAGGCGAGUUUGAAUUGAAAUUGGAACAAGCUUCAGUGUCUUUACUUACUGCAAAUAAUGAAUGCUAA